GUGGACCAAUCGCAGCAGAUGAGACCACCUUGCAGCACACUCACGGUCCUGUUGAGCUCCCCAGGCUCAACUCAACACCGAACCUGCAAAUGAGCCCAUUCAGACUGCACAGUCUGCCCGCCAGCCGCGAUGGCUCCUAAACCUUCGCCCGGCAGCACCAAAAGGGCCAACAAGACUCCCAAGGCCUCCUCUCACCAUUCCCCUUCCCCCUCCUCCUCGGUCCCUGACAUCGACCCCUCGAGCUCCUUCACCCCCGCCUCCUUCGAGCGCGAGCUCAAGGCCCUCGCCGCCAAAGCCCAGACCGAGACCUGGGGCAAAUGGGCGCGCGAGCAGGCGGCCGUCUACCUCAAGUCCGGCGCGCUGCUCGCCCUGGCCGCGCUCUCCUCCGCCGUCUCUCAGCUCGCCCUCUCGCCCGCGUACGGCGCGAUCCCGGCCGCGCGGUGGCACGCCCGCCUGCUCGCGGCCGCCUGCUUCGCCGGCUGGUCGUCCAACCUGUUGCUCAGCCGGGCCUUGCCGUUCCGCACCGAGCUGCUGCUGCCGCUGGUCGCCGCGUACGUGCCCCUGGUACAGUUCGUCCUGGGCGGGGCGCCCGCCGCGCGGCUGCUGACGGCGCACUGGGGCCCGCUGGUCACCGAGGCGCUCACGCUGUUCCCGCUGGUCGGGCUGUCGGCCGCCUGCGUGGCGACGUAUCUGGACGCGGCGGACUUGUCGGCGCUGCCUGGGUGGUUGGCCGAUGCGGCGCCCGGGCUGGGGUCGUAUGGCUUCUUUAAAGCGGCUGAGGUCGUGCUGGGGGGGUUGGCGCGGCGGUAUGCGGGGAGGACGUUUGUGAAUUCCAGGCUGGGAAUGGAGCUGGUGCUCGCAGGUUCGUAUGCGCUCUUUGCGCCGUCCAAGUUGCUGCUUUGGACGGUGCCUGCGCUGCUGCAUACCGCGUUUUUGAAUACGCAUGUCCCGACGUCUACGGCGCUCGCAGCCCUGAAUAGGGGGCUCGCGCCGGCGGGGUACGUGGUGCUGGAUAGGGCCGAGUCCGUCACCGGCUAUAUCUCCGUUAUCGACAGCCCCAAGGAGGGUUUCCGCCUCAUGAGGUGCGACCACAGCCUGCUGGGCGGCGAGUGGGUCAAGUUCCUCGGGCAGGGCCAGUUUAAGGGAAACCAGGUGGCCGAGCCCGUAUACGGCGUGUUUGCCAUGCUUGAGGCUGUCAGGCUGGUGAAGACCCCGAAGCCGAUCCCAGACAACAAGGCGCAGGCGCUUGUUAUCGGGCUCGGUAUCGGCACCACUCCAGCGGCCCUGGUAGCUCAUGGCAUCGACACGACCGUGGUAGAGCUGGACCCGGUGGUCCACAAGUUCGCCUCCAAGUACUUCCAGCUACCCAGCAAUCACACCGCCGUCAUUGAGGACGCAGUCAGCUAUACGGCGCGCCUCGCAGCGGACGAGACCGAGGCCCGCUUCGACUACAUCAUCCACGACGUCUUUACAGGAGGCGCCGAGCCCAUUGCUCUCUUCACGCUCGAGUUCUUGCAAAACCUGAACACCCUCCUCAAGCCAAACGGCGUGGUUGCCAUAAACUACGCCGGCGACUUCGCCCACCCCCCGCCACGCAUCGUCGUCAACACGAUCAAGUCGGUCUUCCCGACCUGCCGCAUCUUCCGCGAGCACCCGCGCGACGAGGCCGACUUCGCCAAGACCGGCCGCGACUUCACCAACAUGGUCAUCUUCUGCACCAAGCAUCAGCAGCAAGGUGGUGGUUCAGGACAGAUCUCAUUCCGCGAGCCGACGGAGAGGGAUAUGCUGAACAGUCCCUCGCGGCGCGCUUACUUGCUACCGCGGCACGAGGUGAACGAGGGGGAUUUUGUCCAAGGGGAGGAAGGGGACGGCAUCUUGAGGCGCAAUGAGACGGAACGGCUGGUUAAGUGGCACGAGGCGAGCGCAUUGGGACAUUGGACGGUUAUGAGGACGGUGCUGCCGGAUGCGGUUUGGGAAGCUUGGUGAGGUAGAUCUAAGCGGGGUUUUGGUUUAUUUUGGGGGCCUUCUGGAAGGACUGUGUUGGGGAUUGAAGGUCGGCUGACGGGCCCCUGGGGCGUAUUGGACUCGUUGUGUGUCAACACGUGGUGUGUAGAGGAGUUGUC